AUGGUGAAAGAUAUAACAGAAGUCCUGCAAAAACUGGACAAGGGGUCCCGAAUGAUAGUGAAAAGUGGGGUUUUUGAGAAGACGGUGGACGAUCGCAUCAUCCAAGCUGGCCAGCUACUAGCAGAUGGCGGACCGAAGCUAGGAUCCGAGGCUUUUUUGAAGAGGAAGCUCUACACAGAGUUUCUACAACGUGCCUGUGUUGUCGCGGGAAUAGAAGGCGCUAUAUUUUGUGCGGCUGGGCUAGGGUGCAGCUACAUUCAUGCGAUGGGGAAAAAUGCUCGCAUCGACUUGCUGGCCUGCCUCAGACAGAAACUAGAUGAGUUUAAGGAGUUUGAGGAAAUGGCCGCAAAGCACGAAGUCGCCGUCAAUUACGGGCCAAGACAACAAAUCGUUGAUGGAAGACACCCGCCUCCCACACAGAUGGCUUCUACUCAGCUUGGUGGAAUCGAGCCGCCUCCCACACAAGUGGCUUCCACUCAGCUAGGUGGAAUCCAACCAGGCGGGAACCAACUUCCUCGACUUGACCUAGGGCCGCAAAGUUACCAGACAUAUGUUACGUGGCAGGAUGUGCAGAAUUCUCUCACGAACCAUACAACAAUUGAUGGGGCGCCGGUACUGGUGUCGAAUUUGCGGGGUACUCCAGCAUAUGUUGCAUUCCCAGUCACAUGGGAAUUUGAGUUCAGCUUGCUCACGAGGCACGAUGGAAACGUAGUCACUCUAGCGCUUUUUCUCAAUAUAGCCUACACGAAUAUUGCCCCUGGACAAAUAACUCCAACCCUUCUGCCACUUGAUGAAUACCAAGUUCUGCCCAUCGGUCGCGCCUACUAUAUAGAUAGGCUUUACCGCGCCUUCUUCAAACACAUCGAUUCUCCCUGA